AGUCUAGGUUUCUUCCGAUUGAGUAUGUUAUGGUCAAAUCCGACGCACCCGAUACGGUAGCACCCGUGGCUGGAAGCCUCUUGAAUUUAUAGUUCUCCAGAAGCCUCACACAGUCUCUGGAUUAUUAUUGUUCAUCGAACUCCCUCCCUCCCUCCCUCCCUCUCCUUCCUUCAUCUAGAAGAUCCCAAAACCCUAGGCCGUAUAAUUCUCCUACGGUGAUCGAUUUCCUUUGGUUGUUUGUUGAAAUUUUUCUUCUUCGUCGUCGGAUCCGAUGAACACGUCGCAAUUCAUGGACAAGCAGAUCCUUGGGCUGUCGGGAUCGCAGCAGGGCAGCGGCGGCGAGCUUUUCGAUCUGAUGAAUCCCGAGGAGGAGCACCAGAUCAACGGAAAGAAGGAAGAAAUCCUUCCUAGCUACGACUUCCAGCCUAUCCGGACUAUCGGAUCCUUGCCGCCCACCGCCUCCGCCGCCCCCCUCCUUAAGCCCUCGUGGGGCUCCGUGGACUCCAAGAUGGCCUCCUCGAAUCUCAAAAAUGCAGGGAUUUUGGAGCCAUGUGAAUUGACAAAAUUGAGCCGUGAGAAGGAGAAGAGUGCAUAUGAUGCAGCUACAGUGGCUGAAAUUGAUCAUACCGUGAAGAAAUAUGCUGAUAAUCUGCUACAUACUUUGGAAGGUGUAAGUUCAAGGCUGACGCAACUGGAGAGUAGGACUCACCACCUUGAAAGUUCUGUUGAUGAGUUGAAGGUGACGACUGGGAACAGCAGUGGCACCACAGAUGGAAAACUGAGGCAAUUGGAGAAUAUUCUUAGAGGGGUACAAACUUGUGUCCAAGUUUUACGUGACAAACAAGAAAUUGUGGAGGCUCAGCUGCAACUUGCAAAUCUACAAGCCUCUAAAGGAGACAACAAACCACGGCAAUCUGUCGAACAAUCACAUCAACUUGCAGUUCCUCCUUUACAACCGACCAUGCUUCGUGCUCUCCCUGCUCCAAAUGCUCCUCCACCACCCCCACCUCAACAAAAUCCACCUCCUCAAUUGCAUCAGCCCCAAAUACCUUCUGUCCCAUCCUUGCCACGUGAGCCCUACUUUCCCUCACAAGCUCAGCAGUCUGAGGCCACGCAUCAACAAUACCAAGUCCCAGUUCAGCAGCCACAGCCGCCACCACUAUCCCCACACUACCAACCUUCAACUCAGCUUCCACAAUUUUCUCAGCCACCACAGCCCCCACAACCUGUGAACCCCUCAACUCAACUUCAAUCGCCAUUGCCUCAUCACCCAGAAGAAUCCGUUCCAUACGUGUCAGCACCUCAGACUUAUCCCUCCAGCAUCCGCCAAGCUGUCACUUUUACCCAGCCUCCAAGUGGGCCUCCUCGUAACCAGUACUAUGGGCCUAACCUAAGUAUGUAUGAACCACCUACAAGCAGACAGGGCUCAGGGCAGCCACCGUAUUCUACUGGAUAUAGCCCACCAACGGGGCCUACUUUCUCUGAUUCAUAUCCUUAUGGUGGAUCCCCUUCCCAUCGUGGCAGUUCUGCAAUGAAAUCCUCGCCCCUUGCUUCAUCUGCAGCCUCUUCUGGUGGAAGCACCAAUUACACGCGACUCCCAACGGCCCAGAUGUUGCCACAGCCACAGCCAACUGGGUCCAGUUCUGGUGGUUCUUCAGGGAAUAGAGUGUCAAUAGAUGAUGUGGUGGAGAAAGUUGCGACUAUGGGGUUCUCAAGAGAUCAAGUUAGGGCAACUGUAAGGAUGCUGACAGAGAACGGAAAGUCGGUUGAUCUGAAUGUGGUGCUAGAUAAGCUGAUGAAUGAUGAGGAGAUCCAGCCCCAGAAGGGUUGGUUUGGACGCUGAUUAUGUCAUAGGCAUCAUAAUAACUGUGUAUAUUACAGUUUUAUGAACCUUUUUUUUUUUCUGUAUUUGCGUUAUUCAUAUUGAGUGGUGCGACUCGGCAGAUUCUGUGUUUGCUGUGGUAGUGCAUACGAGUCUGGUUUUUUUAUCAGUUUCUUGGUAAUUUGUUUUGUAAUUGCUUGGCUUCUUAAUUGUUCUCGAGGAUCUCUUGUUAUUGUGCAA